AUGGAACUGGAAAAUGCAAUGUUGUCGUCCUUGGUUGAAGAAGCGGAAAGGAUGAGAAAAGAAGGAUCAGGUGGUUCGGGUGGAUGGUCAGAUUUUGGAGAAGACAUCGUUGAGCAAGUAGAUGCAGAGCGAGAAAGAACUCCAACGACCGCAAAAGUCACUCCUCCUGUAACCAACUCAGGACCCGCAAUUGAUGUUCGUGAACUUACCAAGUUGCGCGUUCAACUAAGAAAAGCUGAGCAUGAAUUGGAAAUUGUACGUGUCGCUCUCGAAAAUGAAAAAGAGGAACGCCAUAGAGCUGAUACAAAACUGACGUCACUUCAACAUGCUUUAGAGCGAAGAACUAGAGAGGUUGAGGAACGUGAUCGUGAUCGAAGCCGUGCCGAUGAGCGUUGCAACGAACUUUUGGCAUUAGUAAAGGACAGCAAUGUUAAAGUGAAGGAAACGGAGCAGGUAAGAUUUCUGAGUUUGCAGAGAAGUGUUUCUGACGAGAAGUGUUCCGUGCCAGAUUUGAUGUUAAAGGCAAGCUGCACACCAUAUAUUGCCGCACUAUGUUUCCAUUAA